UUUUAACGACACUUCUGACCGCAACCAAGUUAUCGCUACGUGGAACUCCCUUAACACCGACGUUAAGAGAAUAAAAAAUGGUUUCCUUGCAAAAAAUGAGCCACCCAACCGGGGAGCGAACAAAAAGGAACCCAUUACGCACAAUCUCAUUCCAACUCUCGCGUGUAACAAUAGAAAUGGACGUAAGAAAAUCACUUAUAGUAAUCGGCAAAUUGAAGUCAAUCAAGAGGUGGAUAGAAGCUCAUCAUUCCCGUUGGAUCCGACCCAAGCAGAAGCUAUGGAUCGCGGGGCAGCGCGCCGAAGGACUUUACUCCAACGACUUCUCUCCUGGAGAACCCCAGAGUGUGAUUGUCGCCAAAAUUACAUUCCUAAAAGACACUCCCCGAGAGUCACAACUGAGGAAUUGUUGUGUACAUGCGGUGCUACUGCAGUGCGAUUCAAUACACCGGACCAAAACACAAGCAGUAAUAAGUUUGCGGAGCGCGGGCGCUCUAAGAGUGUCGGAUACGAAGCUGCGAAAGAAGUGACGCAAUUUCGUCGGUGCGCUAGUGCAGGCGCGAGUGUGGGCGCGGAGACGGCGGCGGCUCUGCGCGCACGUGCCGCCCUCACGCUCUGCCGUCGCUAUUACCCUGAAGGGGGCUGGGGGUGGACUAUUACUGUGGUAGGAACCAUCGUCCAGAUUCUAUCACACGGCUUGCAGCUCGGUGGCGGCACUGGCGCGAUUGCCUGCACUGCUGCGGUCAAAUACAAAGUAUCACCACUCUACACACACGGAUGCCUAGGCGCAUUGUCAGCGGGUGUGGCGUUAGCGCUGUCACCGGUGACGGUUGCACUGUGCGUGCGCAAAUCGACGCGGGUGACCGCUGUCGUUGGCGGACUAGUGGCUGCGUUGGGCUGUCUCUUUACCUCGUUCGCCACACAGUUUCACCAACUCUUCUUCAGUUAUGGGACGGUUAUAGGUGUCGGCGUAGGCCUGACACGCGAUUGCUCGACGCUGAUGGUGGCACAGUACUUCAAGAGGCGGCGCGAGCUCGUCGAAAUCUUCAUAGUGAGCGGCAGCGGCCUCGGCAUCGCUGUCAUGUCCACUUUCAUCAAAUGUGCCAUAAGAGCAAUCGGUUGGCGAUUAGGACUACAAGCUGUCACAGGAGUAGUGUUCGUAACGUUUAUACUCGGAACUUUUUAUCGCUCAGCGUCACUCUACCAUCCUCAAAGGAGAGCCAUUCUACAUCUUAAGAAUCAAAACAAGAUCAAGCGGAAAAUGAAAGACAAGAACAAUAAGGACGACCGUCAACCGUUCUUUGACUUUUCCACGCUGAGAUCAAAAACAGUCAGAAUCCUUCUGAUGUCAACUGGGAUAUCAGCCUUUGGGAUCAACACUCCAAUAUUUUAUUUAGCUUAUCAUGCCGAAGAGGAAGGUCUUGGCGACACUGCGGAACUUCUCCAAGCAUACCUAGGUCUAGCAUGGGCGGUGGGCUGCGCAGCUUUCGGUCUCCUAGUGAGACAGAAUUCAGCAGAAUGCCGAAUAGCGAGACAAUACCUCACGCAAGCAGCUGUGUUCGUUUGUGGAUUGGCCACGAUGGCGCUUACUGCAGUCGAAGGAUCGUAUAGGGGUUACGUUAUGUUUGCAUGGAUUUAUGGUAUAUUUUGUGGAGGGUAUCACUACUCGCUGAAAAUGUACACGUAUGAGCGCGUACGUUCGAGGAACUUCGCGCGAACCUGGGGUUUCGUUCAAUGCUCCCAGGCCGUGCCCAUCGCUAUAGGAGUACCGCUAUCAGGGUACAUUAACGUGGGUUGCGGCGGCAAGGCGGGCUACUAUUUCAGCUCUACGUGCUCGCUUAUCGGUAGCCUCAGCCUCUUUUGCAUCGACCUGCAUCGUCGCAGCGUAGCACACAAACACACCAAAGAAAACGGAACUGCAAAUUGCGAGUCAGCGUGCGGACCGCGACGCGGUCGCAACCGAGAUCACGAACCACGCGCCGCGGCCGGUGCUGCCACAGCCUUAGUUCUAGGAGCAGAGUUAGUGGCCCCAGGUCGCACUGGGCGCGAUCUCCUACUAGACAGUAUUGGGCCCGGUUCACUGGGAUCUCCGCCACCGAACGUGCCUCCCGAACUGACAUGCAUCAGCGAGGAAGGAGGGCUAGACCUCGAUCUCGAUCUGGAGAUACCAGAGCAUCUGCUUGAAGAAUUAGAGUGCGGCGGGGAUUGUAUUACUAGCUGCAAUAAGGUGGAAAACUAUCUAAUGCUGAGCGAGUACGAGAACAACUUGAUAGCGGAGCUGCCGAACUUGAACGAAAGACGCGGCCGGCGGUGGUCAGUGGUGAUGGGAAGUCCCCCCCUGGGUACACCCGUGAACGAGCCCCGCGCCCGCACCCCGGACCACGUCCCGCGGAACUCCAUCAAGUGGAAGAAAAAAUGCCACAACUCCAACAACCGACUAAUUACCGUCAUAAACGAGGCCUCCCUAUGAAUCUAGUGAAAUACAAUGUGGAGACAAUAAAUAGAACUUAGUGUACCUAUUUAACCUCAUUAAUUUAUUUGAUGUGUGUGAAUAGUAGCAUUU